AUGGCGCGGUUCGCCGCGGCGGUGUGCCUGGCUCUGGCCAUGCUUGCCCUCUGCAACGGCCAGAUUCCCAGUUUUACCGAGUGCGACGCCACGUUCAAUCGCAUUGGCGAGGACAGCCUGACGUCCACCUUGACGCCGUGCGCCGUGGGCGACACCCCCUCGGCGGAGUGCUGCAACGCCAUCGCCGGCCUCACCGACGUCGGCGGAGGCGGAGAGCUCGCCGGAUGCCUCUGCCAGCAGCAGGUCAUCGACGGGGUGGUUGGCGUGCUCGAGGGGAACGCCCUCGCGAUGGCUGUGGGAUUCGACGGGGCCAGGCUCAACAGCGUGCUCUCCCAGUGCGGCGCCGACGUCGUGGGCACCAGCAACUGCCAGCAGUCGACCACGCCGCCCGGCCCCGAGGAGACCCCCUCCUUCGAGGUGACCGAGACGCCCGCCCCCCCUGCCGAACCGAAGGAGCCAAUCCCAUCCGCCACGACGGAGUCGACCUUCGAGGUGACCACCACGCCGGCGCCCCCCGCACCGGAGAAGAAGGAGCCGGCGCCGCCAGUGCCCACGCCGUCCCUGCCAACGCCCCCCGGCAAGCUGCCGCCCAGGCCCAAGGCCACCGCCAAGGUCAGGAAGGUGGAGCCGUACGAGGAGCAGAUGUAUGGCUGA